UACCUGUAAUCUAAACCUCUUCUUCUUCGACACCAAAAGCCUCUCUCUUCGAUGGCCACGUUUUGUUUCUGGAUUUCACUACUUAAUGGUAUACUUCUCCAACUCUAAUCUCUAAAGCUCAAAAACAAAGCAACUUAAACUAAACAGGUUAAGCAUACCAACCAUGUCUUUAGCUCCAAGUAGUCACCUUUCUCUCUACUCUUCACCACCAUUGUCAAGAACUAUCCAAACCAAGCAAACCCAACUUCUGUUUUGUCAAACCAACCAUUUUUCAUUCAAGAAACACUCAUUUCUGAGCGCCUCAAACUGUUUCUCACAUACCCUUUGGCUGAAACCAUCGGUUUUGAUAGUAAAAGCAUCUGAAACUGAGUCCCAGAUAUCAGAACAGGAGAGUGGAAGUGAAGGAGGGGAUGGAGAUCAAGAACAGUAUGAAGAGUAUGAGGUGGAAUUGGUGCAGCCAUAUGGGCUGAAAUUUGUCAAGGGCCGAGAUGGUGGGACUUACAUAGAUGCGAUUGGGCAGGGUGGAUCGGCUGACAAGACUGGGAAGUUCACUGUGGGGGAUAAAGUACUUGCCACCAGUGCAAUGUUUGGGACAGACAUAUGGCCUGCAGCUGAAUAUGGAAGGACAAUGUACACCAUUCGCCAAAGAAUCGGGCCAUUGCUCAUGAGAAUGCAGAAGAGAUAUGGGAAGCUAGAGCAGAGAGGUGAAUUAAGUGAAAGGGAAAUUAUUAGAGCUGAGAGGAAUUCUGGAGUAAUAAGUAACAAAGUGAGGGAAAUUCAGUUGCAAAAUGUCCUGAGGAAAAGAGAACAAAAAGAGAGCAGGGAAAAGGAUAUUCGUGAAGGACUACAACUUUACAAGAAUGCCAAAUAUGAGGAAGCAUUAGAAAGGUUUGAGUCUGUGUUGGGAUCAAAACCAGAUCCAGAUGAAGCUUCAGUUGCAAGUUACAAUGUUGCGUGUUGUUAUUCUAAGCUUAAUCAGAUACAAGCUGGCCUCUCUGCGCUUGAAGAUGCCUUGCAAGUAGGAUUUGAAGACUUCAAGAGAAUCCGAACAGAUCCUGACCUUGCCAAUAUCAGAGCAUCGGAGGGUUUCGAGCCUUUAAUGAAAAGAUUUGAUGAGUCAUUUAUCAACGAAAAUGCCAUCAAUGCCAUUAAAUCUUUAUUUGGCAUAUUCAACAAGAAAUAGAGCCUUGAUUUGAUUUGGUUGCAAAUAGGAGUCAAGUUCUCAAUUGCAUGUGAGCUUACAACAAAGCCAAUGGAAGCGUUGACUUAGCCAUGUUUCCAACAAUCAGUUUCUUCUAUGUGAAUUUUUUGCAUAUUGUUAGUUCAAUGUGAUUUUUUAAGGACUGUUGCUUAUCCAAAUUUUCUCUCCAAUCAGAAUAUGUUAAGAUGAUUCUUUGGACCCCA